AGAUUAGCCUACUAGAAGUUUCUCUAUUUUUCAUAAACCCUCGUCCUAUAUAUUUCACUACAAUCUCGGCUUGUGGUCUCCUCGUGUCUGAAUUCACUCCGAAUAUCUCUCUGUAUCAUUUCAUACACAUCUAUUUUCAGCCAUGGGAAAGUGCUACCCAACAGUGAGCGAGGAGUACAAGGUUGCUGUCGACAAAUGCAGGAGGAAGCUUAGAGGAUUCAUCGCUGAGAAGAAUUGUGCUCCUCUUAUGCUUCGUCUUGCGUGGCACUCAGCUGGUACUUAUGAUGUUAAGACCAAGACUGGGGGGCCUUUCGGAACAAUGAGGAAGAAACUUGAGCAGUCUCAUGCUGCCAACAAUGGACUUGAUAUUGCUGUUAGGCUGUUGGAGCCUUUCAAGGAGCAGUUCCCCAUCAUCUCUUAUGGUGAUUUGUAUCAGUUGGCUGGAGUUGUUGCUGUCGAAAUUACUGGAGGUCCUGAUGUUCCGUUCCACCCAGGAAGGCCGGACAAAGAGGAGCCACCACAGGAAGGCCGCUUGCCUAAUGCUACUUUGGGAAAUGAUCAUUUGAGAAAUGUGUUUGUUGAAACAAUGGGACUUUGUGACAAGGAUAUCGUUACCCUCUCUGGUGGCCACACCCUGGGACGCGCUCAUAAAGAGCGUUCUGGGUUUGAAGGACCCUGGACAACCAAUCCUCUCAUCUUUGAUAACUCCUACUUCAAGGAACUCUUGACCGGAGAGAAGGAAGGGCUUCUUCAACUCCCAACUGACAAGUCUCUUCUUGAAGACCCUGUCUUCCGUCCCCUUGUCGACAAAUAUGCUGCUGAUGAGGAUGCCUUCUUUGCCGACUAUGCAGAAUCUCACAUGAAGCUUUCUGAACUUGGGUUUGCUGAGGCUUAAGCUCUGGAGAACAAGACAGCUUUCUCAAUAUGAGUGUCAUGUUUUAGUUUACAAAGUUGUAGUUCAUUAUGAUGAAAGAGUUGCUGUAGGCUACCCAUUUUGUCAUUUUACCCGCAUAAUAAUCGAUUGAACUCUUUCACCUUGGGUUUUAUAAACAGCCCAAGUAUCCUGCAAUCCGCACUAUGUGGUUAUUUGCCUGUUGGGUGUCACCAUAUUAUUACAGUAGUAGUUAAGUUUGCCUAA